AUGUUCGACAUAUUGACCUCCUCCAAUGCACUCUUGACAGUGGCCUGUGCAAGCACGGUCACCUUCCUUUACUACUUUGGUGACGACGUGCUGCGUUACAUCAAGAUUUUUAUUUACAACUGCGGUUAUAUGAAAGGUGAAGGAAAAGGUGUCAUUCCUGGUCCCUGGGAAGAUACGCGAUUCAAUCGAUUCUCGCACGGAUCUACCCUCGCUGUUAAGUGGCGUAAACAAUAUGGCUCUCUUUAUCGGAUAUUUUGUGGUUCGAUACCUGAGUUUGUCGUUACGGAUCCUGAUGAUGUCCGUAGGCUCUAUUCGGGUGACUCCAGAGUCCAUCUCAAGACUAUCAACACUUCCUUCGGUGUCUACAUGGGCAAAGUUCUUGGCAAGAGUGUCGGAUUUUUGGACAGAGACGACUGGAAACGGCUCCGUUUGCACACCGACCCUCACUGGACCGCAGCGAUGACCAAGGAUUCCGUACCGUCGAUGCUGAUAGAUACUACAAAUUGGAUCAAUGUCCUCCCCAUGUUGCCCAUCGCCAAGCGUGAUCCCACGAACGAAAAGGGCUUCAUCAUUGAGUCAGCAGAGCUUCAGUCCGAGUUGCCGUUCAAGAUGAUUGCAAGGAGGCUGUUCGGAGAAAUGCUUGACGAGGAGCUUUUCCAAGAGCUUUACGGUCUCAACAAAGUUCAUGAGCGUAUCAUGGCGAACGCUUUCCUGGUCGGCAAGAUCCACCAGUGGAAACUUGUAUCACACUUGCCAACGAAAGCCAACCGGGACAAUCUCUGGUUCCAGGAGAAUUGGGCGAAGCUUCUGCACCGUGUAUCAAAACAAACAGUGGAGAAAGGGAUUUCAAAUGCCGUGUCUACUAUGUAUGAACUCAUGCAGUCAGGAGCUAUGACCUUUGACGAAUUCAGUCAUACUGUGGAUGAAAUUCUUUUCACAAACUUCGACGGCGCAACUAUGUCCGUUUCUUGGGUAGUCACGCUUAUUGCUCAGAACCCAGACUACCAAGCUCGCCUUUUCGACGAAAUCCAGAGGGUGCUAAAAGAUGAGAAGCUAGGGACCAAUAGGAGCGAACGGCUCACCGCAUAUACGGUGAAAACAGACACGUGGUUACACUACUGCUGUCUCGAGGCAGCCAGACUUCAUCCUGUCCUAUACUUUGCUUUACCCGAAGUGCUUCAUGAGCCGAAGAUGCUCGGUGGCUACUACCUUCCGACAUAUAGCUCCAUUAUCAUCGAUGCUUUCACGAUCAAUCGCACGGCGCCGAUUUGGGGCAAGGACGCCCAUGUGUACAGACCCGACCGCUUCGAGGUUCUGUCUCCAUCUGACUACCGUUACUCGCUCUGGCGCUUUGGCAUGGGUCCUCGAAAAUGCGUUGGCCAGUACUUUGGUGACAAGAUGGUUAAGGUCUGCCUCUUCCAGAUCAUCGAGCAAUUUGAGGUUUCUGCCUUCGGUAACCUAGGAAUAAGGAGUGACAAGUUUGUGUCGUGUCCAGCGGCGACGUUGAGGUUCAAGCCGCGCGUGCCGGUUGCAUAA